UAUCUCCCACUCCACUUUUAAAUCCCUCCAUCUCACCCUCUCUCUUUCCCCAACUCCCUUUUCCCUUUCCCUUCCCCCUCCAUCCCUCUUGAUAAGAACAUGGCUUCCUUCUCCAGUGGCAUCCCAUCCUCCCCUUUCUUCCAACCUAACCUGUUUCUCUCAAUAGAUGAAGAACAAAUCCCCUCCAUGAACUCCAUUAAUGCCCUCUUCCCUUCUUCCAAUCCGAAUACCCUCACUAGAGGGAUGGUGGGGAUAAUGGAGAGAAGGCCAUCGGCUUCCUUCUCCGGCAAUGUCGAAGGGGAAGAGGAGCUCUCCGACGAAAGCUCGCAGCCGGGGGAGAAGAAGAAAAGAUUAAACUUGGAGCAAGUUAGAGCUCUUGAGAAGAACUUUGAGCUUGGGAACAAGUUAGAGCCUGAGAGGAGGAUUCAGCUGGCCAGAACUCUUGGCCUUCAGCCAAGACAAAUUGCAAUAUGGUUUCAGAACAGAAGAGCGAGGUGGAAGACGAAGCAGCUUGAGAAGGAUUAUGAUUUACUCAAGAGAAAAUUUGAUGUUGUUAAAGCUGAUAAUGAUUCUCUCCAGUUUCAGAAUAAGAAACUCCAAUCUGAGUUGCAGAUUCUGAAACUUAAAGGAUCAGAAGUGAUGAAUCUGAAUAAGGAAACUGAAGGAUGUUGCAGCAAUAGAAGUGAUUGUUGUGCAGAGAUAAAUCUGGAUAUCUCAGGAACAUUUGCAGAACAGUUGAAUCCCGACAUGCAUAGCAUAUCGCUUUUUCCGGUGAUCCGGCAGCUUCCGCCGGCGAUCUCCGGCCAGUUCUUGCAUGGAGCUUCAAGACCUGAGUUUUCAGAAGAGAGCUUUGGCAAUUUUGUGUGUGGUGUGGAAGAACAAAAUAGCUUUUGGGCAUGGGAUGAUCACCAUAAUUUCCAUUGAUGGCCAUGUGUUCUAUCAUUAUUAGAAUUACUGUUAUUUCAAUAAAUUGGAAUCAGAUUGUAUUUAAUUUACAUGUAUGGAUAUGAAGAGCAAUACAAAGUUGAAAUAUUGUGAUGUGGGUGGGAGGAGGAAUAUGGAGAAAGACAUGUUGGGAGAAUGCUCUUAAGUCAUUCCAAAUUUCCUCUUCACCCCAUUUGGUUGAGGAAGAUGUGAAACAAUGUUUAAUGAAAAAAAUAAAUUUGAUUUAUAUUUUUA